UUCACUCACUUUCUUUUCAUAUAACAAAUAAACUCAUCAAAAACUUUAUUAUUUUCAUACCAUCAUUUAUUUUUUAUUUUUUUUUUUUUCAAGUUACUACUAUAUGAUGGCUGCUUUUUCUUCAUACCAAUAUCACCCUAAUUUUCUUCCUCUUGACUCUACAUUCUUCCAAAACCUAAACACAACAACAACUAGUGUUCCUAUUCCCCAAUCAAUUCUUCAUCAUCAUCAAGAAGAAGGGUUCUCUGAUUUCAAUAAUAAUACUAUAAGCUGUGUUGAUCAAAUAAGCUCUUGCAACAAGGUUUCAUUCAUAAGUAAUAGUGACAAUGAGCCUUCAAAUGUUUCUGUCACUACAAGAAACAACCUUAGUCCUCAAUCUUCCAUGGUAGUUGAUAAGCUUGAAAUUGGUGAACAAGUUACUCAAAAGGUCACUACUAUGGAGAGGAAGAGAAGAACUAGACAUGGAUCUUCUCCCAUCACUACUAAUCCCCAAUCUAAGGAUGGAACAACAAGGAAGAGAAUGAGGAAGAGCAAUAAUAAUAAUGGCGGUGGUGUGGUGAAGAAUAAAGAAGAUGAGAAAGCAAAAGAUAAUAAUAAUAAUAAUAAUAAUAAUAAUAAUGGUAGUAAUGAAGAAGAGGAGCCACCAAAAGGGUAUAUCCACGUCAGAGCAAGAAGGGGUCAAGCUACUGAUAGCCACAGCCUUGCUGAAAGGGUGAGAAGAGAGAAAAUAAGUGAAAGGAUGAAGAUGUUGCAGCGGCUUGUGCCAGGCUGUGAUAAGGUGACUGGGAAGGCCCUUAUGUUGGAUGAAAUAAUCAAUUAUGUUCAAUCUUUACAGAAUCAAGUAGAGUUCUUGUCUUUGAAGCUUGCUUCGGUGAGUCCCAUUUUCUAUGACAUGGCAACAGAUCUAGACACUACUCUCUUGGUUAGACCUGAGAAAUUAAACAUCCAAAAUUGCAGCAGCUCUAACAUCCAACAAACCACCAAAACCAGCACCCUACCUGCCGCCGUUGCCGCCGCCACCAUCGCCACCGUCUUUCCCACCGCUAAUGAUCACUAUCUCUUGGAUAGUAAUUCAGCUUCAGCUUUUCUUCAAGCCCAGAAAUCAAAUGUCUUCUCCAUGGAGAACGGUAGUCAAUUCUGGGACACAGAAGAGCAAAGACAAAAAUUUCUUCAUCCAUAUGAAUUCAUCAACAACAACAACUUAUGUUCCUUUCAUUAGUAUUAAAUUCACACCAACAAUGCUAGCUACAAACAUCUUGGAUUCAGCUUUUACAGUAGGUAAUUAAUUAAUUAAUUAAUUAAUUAAGAAUAUCCCAAAUUAAAGAAGCAUGGAGCAGAAGAAAGCAAAGAUAAAUUAUGGCAUCCAAAGAAGUGUUCUUUAGUCCAUGAGAUUAAAGGGGUGACAUUUGAAGUUAAAAGGGUAUCAAAAUUAAUGGAGAUGGAGAAACAAAAAAGGACAGAUCAGAAAAAAUUCCGACCAAAUAAGACCAUAUCUUUUCUAGAUUCAUUGUUCUGUUCCUGUCAUUUUGAUAAUAAUAUAGUUGUUCUUUUUUUAAUUAUUAUUAUUAUUAUUAUUAUUUUACCUAAGCUAGCACGAAUUCCGAGGGACUAUAACAUAUAUGUCAAUGCUACUCUGAACAUUAUUGGACAUUGAAAAUUUAUUAUGUAUGUCGUCUAUGUAAAUGAAAUUAUAUAUUAAU